AUGGCAGAGCUCCAAGCUACCAUAGAAGUCUCUGUGGAGCUGAAUAAAUUCUACAAUGUUGACCUUUUUCAAAGAGGGUGAGUUAAAGGGAAUUCUAGAUGUACCUGUUAGUUGCCAUGGGCUUGGGGAUUGAGUUGGCCAUGGGCUUUGGGGAUUGAGUUGCCAUGGGUUUUGGGGAUUGAGUUGGCCAUGGGCUUUGGGGAUUGAGUUGGCCAUGGGCUUUGGGGAUUGAGUUGGCCAUGGGCUUUGGGGAUUGAGUUGGCCAUGGGCUUUGGGGAUUGAGUUGCCAUGGGCUUUGGGGAUAAAGUUUUAAUGAAAAGAAAUUAUUCAGAGUAAAGGAAGAAAUUUUCUUUUAAAACUAUAUUAUUGGGUCUGUUUUACUCAACUUACUAGAAUCAAGUUUAGAAACAACGCAAGAAGUAUGAAUUUGGAACCAACCCAAAUUGGAAAAAUUAGGCAAAAAUUUUGACAUAACCCACAGUUGAAGGCUAAGAGGCUCUAUACUGAAAAUAUAAGAGGCUCUGUAGUGGAAGGAUAAUAAACUAAUGCAAGGUUAAGGGGAUUUAUAGUGGAAGAAUGAGAGGCUCUAUAUUGAAAGGAUAAUAGUCCAAUGCAAGGGUAAGGGGAUCUAUAGUGGAAGAAUGAGAGGCUCUGUAGUGGAAGGAUAAUAGACUAAUGCAAGGGUAAGGGGAUCUAUGGUGGAUGGAUAAGAGGUUCUAUAGUGGAAUAAUAAUUUCAAAAUGUUAACAUUACACAGGGGCUCCCAAGGCAUUAAGUAAAUGGGGAAACAAUGUAUUUAAGUGUUUUUUAAAACGCAUCUGCAGUAGGGGGAGGGGCUUAUUAGCUACCAAUAUAGUUUAACUAAGUUCAGUUUGAUGCAAUAUUUAAUAUUAUAAUUGAUGUAAUAUUUAGCAAGAAGAAGUAGCACUGCCUUAUAUCCUAUCAAUAAGACUAGCUGUUCAACAGGGCAUUCAACAUUCAACAGUUCCCAAAUGAGGUUAUCAUGACAAUACAAAAUACACACACAAAAAUGCUUUGGAUAGAGCCAAACAUCAAUACAACAGAAAUAGAAGUAUACACAAUACAGGUUGUCACAAUAGGCAGUCCAAGGGCUAAAUCUGGGCCGUCAGUAGAGAUAUUUUCAGCCUGUGGCAACAAGAGCAGAAAAUCAUUAUCUGUGGUCCACAAAGACUUGGGGUGGGAUGAAGCAAGCAAUGUAACUGAAAACAGCUGUUUGAGGAGGGUCAUCGGAACGUAGAGAUUAAGGGUGUACAGAAUGACAACCAAGAGGAAUGCCAGCAACUGUUUUAGCAUUUAUUUUUUUUUUUUUGGAUAUGUUUGUCUGCACUAAUUUUAUUCAUCCAGAAAGUGGAAUAAUAGAUUAGAUUUAAAUGGAGUCCGUAAAUGCAUCCAAUCCCUCUUUUGUCAAAAUCCACUUGGGCAUGAGACAAGAAGGAGAAGAGAAAAAUUGAAUUCAGGUGUGUGUGUGUGUGCGUGGGCACAUUGUCUCACAUGUUGCUCCAGCAUCACUCCACGCAGCUGGGAAUAACUUAUAGAGGGGAUGGCUUGUAAUUUAAAGCAGCCUGACUUCAUUUCUAUUGAUCAGUUAACAUAGCCCUUGCUUAACGUCAGUCGGGUGGGCUGGUGAAUAAAUGCGUGUCUGGUUCAAUAGCUGGGCUAUUGAUGUCUUGAACUGGUUCAACUGUUGCGCAUGAUCUGAGGUUACUUACAGGAUCAGUCAUGGUCUGCUUCAUCAGCAGGUUUUUAUGAAACAGGAUGCUAGAGAUUCAGUGUCAAGAUAGAACAUUCUGAUAAUCAAAUUAGACUCACCAGGAGACCACAUAUAGUGACAGCCAAUGUAUUGACAGCCAAUAUAAUGACAGCCAAUAUAGAGACAAAAUAGUGCCUCAAGCAUGACCAUUGCAGCUUAAUUUUCAACACAAUUAAAUGCAUGUAAAAAUGAUCCCUGCCUAAUCACAAACUUAAAAUCGGUUAUCUUUGCCCAAACAGGGUGCUUAGCAAAGGGGCUGAAGUCUUACUAGUUGAUUAACAGCUGCGAGAAAUAGAUCUAGAAUAUAUUUUAAAUUAAUAAUUUAAAGAUUGCAUGCAGCUGUUGGUAUCGAUUUAGAUUCCAGGCAUACAGGUGGACACAAUGAAAAAACUGAUAGAAAAUUAACCACUAGUUCUUUGUAUUUCAAUCGACACCAGAAAAUCUCAAAAGUAACAUUAUCAUAAAAUAGUAGUAUUUACAAAAAUAUGUCCAUCUGCAGAGCUGAAGCAGAUGCUCUAAAUGUACGUGAAAUCCUCGUCCAACAUAAGGCCAAAUGGGAUAUAAAAGUCAGCUCUGUAUUUACUUUAUUGGGCCACCAUGUUUUGAGUUUGUUUAAAUAGCUGAACCCAGUCUUUCCCAGUUCCAUACAUCCUACUUCUUACAAAAUGUAUAGCAUACAAUUGUUUAAAACCAUUGUAUAUUAGGCUUUGUACCAUGUUUUAGAAAGAGGCUUUCAAGUGUGGUUUUAAAGAACAUACUUUAUAAUACAGUACAAUCAACUCAGUCUGUGCAUUCCUACAGAUACUAUCAGAUACAGACAGUCUUAAAGACACCCCCCAAGUCCCCAGCUCGAGUAGAAAUUAGUGACAACAAACUCAAUGCUUUGAAAGGUAAGCACAUUUGUCUUCAUUUGGCUACAACUAUAACAGUGGUUCUUAAAUUUUUUGAACUUAUGGACAAAGUUUGUGCUGCAAUGGCAGAGUUAGGAGGGUGGGGGGGGGUGUUGUGGAGGGGAUGGUCCGCAAGGGCUGCACUUUUUUCUUUAUAUUGAGAGGCAGCAUUUUCUGCAAACUGUCGAUCGACCCGCUUUGGGCAGCAACAAGCCUAGCUGCAUCACUGUUCAAUGACAGACCACUGCUUGAUUCCCUGACAAAGUUGAACAAGUUCUAAUAAGCUGCAGGCCUUUAAAAUCAAUAAUUUUAUAUGACCUUAAAUAAUAUGUAAUGUCACAUAACUAAUUCAUUGCCAUCAUUUAGCACAAGUGUGCAACAUUCUACUGAACCCUUUGAUGUCUGUUAGAAUUAGUUGAUAUUAUGUUUAAAAAUAAACUAUUAAAAGUAAUAUGGAUGGAAAUUUGCUUUAAACAUUUAGACCCAUUUCUGGCUGACCACUGAGUGAUCCAUAGACCAUAGCUUGAGGAGCAUUGAUCUUAUUUAUUUAAUUAUUCAUACAUUUGAAGAAACUUCCACUGCUAAUUAAAAGUAUAUAAUAUCAAAUCUUCUUGUACAGCUUAUUUGAUGCAAAUAAUAAGAUCUAUAGAUGUAUGACCUUGCAAGGUGUAGAUAAUGGGUCAUUUGAAACCAGUCAAUUCUUUCACCAGGGAAAAGUGAUUCUAUCACUCAACAAAGAUAUUUGUUGAGCUGAUCAAAACUGCUUCCAAGCUAUAAUAUGUCUGUGGAUACAGAUGGCAAUGAUUUUGUCCUAUAUAUCAUUUAUCAAUGACUUGCAGGUGGUCAAGAUAAUACAGCUGCCGCCUUCACCCAGAGCACUGUGGGUAAAAGCCAAAAGUUUCAGAUCCUGUACAGAAAUGAAGAGGUGGAAGUGGGGGAUCUCUUUAUAUACAGAAUACACAUGUUGGUGGAGAGUGCCAAGGUAAUGGUGGGCGGGUUGGGGGGGGGGGGGGGGGGGGGGUGAUGCUUUUAUACAAGUAUUUCUUUGUGGAUAUCACCACUAUGGUCACUAUUUCAGACCAGUUUACUCUUAUGAUUUUGGCGCACGAUGUACAAUUUGAGGUGUAUGCAUUAUAUAUAUUUUUAUUUUUUACUAUUAAGAUAAAGAAUUGAAUGAUAUUGUACGAUUUUAAGAGUUUGAGGGUGAACAGGUCAGCUAUUUGCAUUAUUCUGUUUAAUAUACAGUUUUUCUUGAAUAUUUUAGCUCAGUUUUAUGUUCCCUUGUCACAAUGAUAGGGAAAGAAAAUAACAGAUCCGUCUGCUUUGAAAAGUUCAGUUUCAACCGUGCUGUUGUUAAUUUUGUUUCAUUAGGUUUCUCUUUACAAUUAUUGUAAAAAAAAAAUGUUACAAUUUUAUAUAUUGCAGUUAGAAAAGAAUUUAGAAAAUCUUGACCUGAGGCUUGAGAUCCAGUUGUGGUGCAAUGAUGAAGAUGAAGCGUAAGUGUUCGGCUGUAAAAUUAUCGUUAGGCAACCCUGUGGCUCAGUGGUAAUAUUGUCAGCCUUGCAAGCAAUAGAUAGCUGCUUUGAAUUGUUCCAUAAAGUCUGGAGUACUGAAUUAUCUUGCCCCACCCCCUCACCCCCCCCCCCCCCCCCCAUAAGUCAAGUGCUAUGCAAAAGUCUGUAAACCUACCAGUUAAUGUAACAGACUGACAAUAAAUACAGACUGACAGAAUAAAUACAGACAGACAGAAUACAUACAGACUGAAAACUUUUAUUUUUUGUUUUAAAAAAGUCAAUUAUUAGGAGGUUAUGAAUUAUUUACAUUUGAAUUAGCACAACCUUAGAAAAAAUCCAUUAUCUCUUUCCAAAAACAAGACUUCAAUGAUUUGUUUAACCAUGGUUGCUGUUCUCAUUUCAAUCAGCCGUUAUAGUAAUCAUUUGCAGAACAUAAACAAGAUUACUUCCUUUAAGGGAUAUACAGCAGUUAAAUAUACAGGUAGUUUAAUAAUUUGCUCAUAAUAAGUUUGUAUUAAUUACUAUUACUUGUACCCCCAAAGCUCUGAGUCUGAUGCUAAAAUGGAAAUGGCGAGCACAAGGACUUUACUGCUUCACCUGUCACCCACAAAGGGACUCCACCACUCCCUCCCUGUCCUGUUUGAUUACUUCCACCUGUCAGCCAUAGACGUUGUUGUACAUGGUACCAUCAUUGCUAUUCAUCAGCCUUAUCUUACGUAAGUGUCGGGGGAUCUGGUCGACUGUCUCCUCUAAGAUGAUAUUCUCUAUUAUGUUAUUUCCACUGUCCAUUUAUGUUUGGAUAAAUUCACAGUGAGUCUUUUAACUCUUACACUAUUGGUUUUCAAAACUUUCUCAUUCAGGGUGCCUAUGAUUAAGUGAUUAAACUCCAUUUUUUAGUUUUCUUUGCAAAGAAAGAAUUUUUAUCUUUAUUGUACUUGCAAGCUAAAACAAAACUUAUAAAUACUAUAAAAGCAAAAUUAUGAGCUGAGGAGCAUUCUUUGAAGGUUUUAAUUGAUAAUAAUAAAAUAAUAAUAAUAAAGUUCAUUUCAAAAACACGUUUCAUCCCCAAAGGCUCGAAGCGCGGUACAAAGUCAACAAAAAACAAAUCUAUAGUUUACCACAUUUAAAACAAACGCAACACGACAAAAACUAAGUACAAGCAUACAAUGGCAAAGUCUUUCUAGCCAUUUCAACCAUAAGCAACACAGCCAUUAUGCAUUAACUGGAAAAUAAUGUUGACAAUCAUCCCAGAAGGUGUUUGCGAAAUAGAUGUGUCUUUAAAUCGGUUUUAAAGGACUCCAGUGUCUGGUUGUUUCUGAGAUCGACAGGAAGGGCAUUCCAAAUUAGUGGACCAGCAAAUGCGAAAGUGCGCUUUCCGUAAGUCUCAAGGCAAACACGUGGUGUCGAGAGUUUGCCACUAUCGGAUGAGCGGAGCUCUCUAGUGGGUACAUAAGGCAUCAGCAGCUCUUUCAGAUAGGACGGCGCCAGGUCAUGUAAGCAGCGGUAGCACAAAGUUGCGAUUUUGUACUCCAUGCGAGCACGCACUGGCAGCCAGUGCAGCUCUCUCAGAAGUGUUUUUGCAUGGUCAAACUUGCGUUUGCGGAGAACAAUGCGAGCCGCAUUAUUCUGCGCUAUUUGAAUUUUAUCCAGGAGCGUAGCUGGAAGACCCACCAUAAGAGCAUUGCAAUAGUCCAUGCGUGAUAGCACAAAUGCAGACAUCAGCCUCUUUGUUGCAUCAAUUGUUAGGAAGGGCCUGAUGUGACUAAUCCUGCGCAGCUCUAGAAAAAUCGCCUUGCAUAGCAUGUUAAUAUGACUUUCAUGUUAAUAUGAUGAAGGAUAUCAACUGGGUUGAUGCAGAUGCUGGUAUUUUAAUGGAAAGGGUGAGAUUUUUGUAAUCACUAAUACAAUUACAUUUAUUUUUUUUUACUUUCAUUGCCUUAAUUUUUUCCAAUGAGGCAUAAAAUAAAGGCUCUUGGGGUGUUAGUUUUGAAGUUAUUGCUUGUUUUCUGCUGGCAAUAUUAAUUUUCUUGCAGUCCAGUCCCAGAGCAAAACUCUGUAGUGAAAGAGUAACUACCAGUUACACAAAUAUCUUAGGCAUUUAGUCAAAUAUUUUAUUCAUCUCAGAAUUUGUUUAUAUGGUUAUUUAAGAGUCAUUAAAUAAUAAUUCAAGCGUAGUUGAUUGAAAAAGUUGUAAUGUUAUGAUGUUAAAUUAGGUUGUUUCUCUCUUUACAGUAUGCCUAAGUCACAGAAGGGUGCCAAAGUACCAGAUCAGUCAACAUUGGAAGCAGUCUACUUUGGUCAAAAGCUGGCUACCCCUGUAAGUACUAUUUCAUGUUUUCCUAGCUUAGGAUUCUCCUUUACUUUUUCAUGAAAAACCCUAAAUAGUGAAAAACACCUAUUUCCAAGAAAGGCGCCCCCACUCUUCUCUUCUCUGUGGUGAGCCACCCUUCUCAGCACACUUGAAUUCUUUCCAGUUCCUACUCUUUCUUUGUUCAGACCAGAUGCCGACUAUUGCAUUGUUGACCUGGGGAUUCCUAAAAAGUAAAACUAUCAUGAUGUGAUGUUAAUUGUGCUGAACAAAGCUAAAAAUGUAAAAAAAAAAAUAAAAAGAAGAAGAAGAAAAGAAAAACAACCUGUGGUAUUCUAAGGGUUCACGAUAUAGUUCUUUCAUGCGAAGAUGACCGAGGCUUCAACUUGAACAGUACCGGUAGCAGCUUUUACUUGAGCUGUGAUUUGUUUAGGGAGGGAGAGUUGCUCAAUUCUACAGUUCCUCAAUUCUUCAGCCUCACUCUCUCAUCCUUGCCUAUUUGAUCAAAUGGCAAGACUGAGUCAAGACGACUGGAAAUAGACCAGGAUGCAGUGAAUGAACGGCAGUGGGGGGUUUUUUUGUCUCACUGUGCUCUUCAUGCGUUCCACGUGGCAGGAGUUGGAAUUUUCAUUGUGUCAUACCGCCAUACGGGUUAAGGAUGUAUCUACUACAUAUUUUCCAGCCCCCAAGCAAUGUGAGCAGUAGCAGUUUCCGCCUCCAGCAAGCUCACCUUAUGCACAAGACUAUAUGCAACAUCCUUCUGUCUGCCCAUGAAAGCUUACAAGAGAGCUUACAACUGUUUGCCUCCAAGAUCCCAGGAAACAAUUUCCAACUAGGUAAAAAAAAAAUAUUUGAUCCAGACAGAUAAUGGCUUGUAUUUUGGCAGUGUAACUUUUUACUUUGUUAACUAGAUUGAAUUUGAUAGAAUCAAGUUAUUUUAUUCUUAGUCCAUAGAAUCAAGUCAUUUUAUUCUUUUAUCUUUAGCCCAUUACCGUAGAAAAUUAAAAUUAGACACUUUUUUGGAUGAACAUAUACAAUGACUUUAUUUGUGACUCAUCGUGAUGUGUUUUAUUUGAAAUUAUCAAAAUGAAGGAAGUUGGUCUGUUAAAAGUCGCGCUAUAAGUACAUUUGUUAAAUUUUCUAGCUCGUAAAGACUGCCACACUAGGCUGGGUGAAGCAGUAAUGAAAGUGCAGGUAAGAUUAGUGUAAAUAUCAUACUUUGGUUGUGUUACAAUGCUAACUCAAGAUUUAAUAUAAGAAAUGAAUUCCGUCAUUCCUCUGCAUGCGUCUCACUAUUCUCACAUUCCUGCACAAUGCUGGUUGUAAUAAAUGAAGUUUGAAAUUAUAAAAUUUAAUAUCUGUGAUGCGGUAAACUGAUGAAACCAUCUGUUUUUCAUUUAAAUAAAAUUUUUAUAAAGAUAAAUAUUUGCAUAGAACAGCUUUAUUUAAAUAGCCCAGUUGUACCCUGUGCCUUAUCCAUCAGGGUGUCCUUGAGGAAGACGAUCUGAUUCAGACGGCCAUCACUGACAUCACUCAGCUGUGUGCUGAAAAUGUUAUACUGUGGGCACAGUUCCUGGAGAUUGUUCUCAAGCAACCGCAGAUACACCAGUAUCUUGCCAGGGAGCACCACAACCUCAGGGUCAGUACACAUUGCAUUUCAAGUAUAUAAACAGUUUAAAAAUCUGUGAAAUAAUAAUGAAAUAUUUUCUUGUACUUGGGGGGGGGGGGGGGGGGGGGGAGGGGAGUGUCAUGUGGAUAAUUGCAUGUAGAUAAAUGCAUGUAGCACUGGGAAUUUGUCUUUUGUGAAUCUGGGGACUCAGUAAUAUAACUCAGUAGUUCCUACUGGCUGGCCAAAAAUUCCCUGCAAGGAUUUGACGUAAUCCCAUUCGUAGCUUUCUAGCCCCCAAAUUGUUUUAAAUAAUUAGUCUAUUCUUCCUGUGUUUUGAAACCACCUGUAUAUUUAGCAGUGCUGAGUAUCUAUAGCUGCAGAAAGCAAAAGUAUUUAUGUUCUUUUUAUAACUUGUUUCAGAUUCGCAGAUUUGCAGAAGGUUUUUUUACAAUGGAACAUAACAAAUCUGCCUGUCUGUCAUGUUAUGAUCCGGGGUGAGUUUUGUGAACUAUACAUUCAGGAAAAAUUUUUACUUAGUUUUAAAGGAUAGAGAAAAGUAAAGAAAAGACUGAUCUAAAAAUCAAGGCACAUAAAAAAAGAAAUGGCCUCCCGUCCAACUAAUUAAUUUAUUUAUUAAAACAACCUUUCUUUUAUCCCAACUGAACAUUAAAAUCCUGCUUUAGUUGAAGUGGAAGAAAAAUUGAACAAUAGUUAAAAUGUGUUGUUUCUGUCUAAUGAAAUGCUAGUGGUGGGCUCCCUAUUUUUUAAAUGUUAUUUUGUAUUAUUUGUGCCAUUUAUCUAGUUGAGUCCUUCUUGUAAUGUUUUCCAUUCUAUACUGAUGGUGUUUUCUCACAGCAUCCAUGGCCACUCAUCACUGGCCAGCCUUGUGAAGGCCUCCCCCUAUUUCUGUAACCUGCCCAGCAUUCCAGUAGAGUGUACAGACUUGGACGGAGACGACAACACAUUGCCUAUUAUAUUUGAGGAUAUAUACCAUGACGCCAGGGCCCCGCCACUUCGUGAGUAG